AUGAAAGCAGUACGCCUUGUCAAGGCCGGAACCAAGGCCAAUCCCGAGGUCCGCGACGAACCACUACCAUUCCCAGGCAAACACGAAGUCCUGAUUCAGGUACACGCCGUUUCCCUAAACUAUCGCGACACAGCCGUAUUGAGGGGUGAGUACCCCGCGGAAACCAAACGUGACGUGAUCCCUAUCUCCGACGGCGCCGGCAAGGUCAUAGCCGUUGGACCGGGAGUCACACGAGUAAAGCCCGGGAAUCGAAUCGCAGUCAGCUGCUGCACAAACUGGAUCGGUGGCCCAUUUAUUCCGGAGUACUAUACCGCCAGCAUCGGGUUCGCUGUAGACGGGAUGCUGGCUGAGUAUGUGGUAUUCGAUGAACAGGCGCUUGUUCAUAUCCCCGACUACAUGUCCUAUGCCGAGGCUGCUUCCCUCCCUUGUGCGGCGGUUACGGCGUGGACAGCUCUGAAUAAAAUCGAGCCGCUGCAGCCGGGCCAGACCGUGCUGAUCCAGGGUACUGGGGGAGUCUCGCUCUUUGCGUUACAGUUUGCGAAGAUCUUUGGGGCGCGUGUACUCGCAAUUACCUCAUCCGACGAGAAGGCUGCGCAGCUGAAGGACUUGGGUGCCGAUGCAGUUGUGAACUAUAGGACCUGUCCGGACUGGGAUCGCGAGAUACUUGCCCUGACCAACAGAAAGGGGGUUGAUCGGGUGAUGGAAAUCGCUGGCGAGAAGACUAUUGUCAAGUCCGCGGCGUCGGCUAGGAUUGGGGGUAUUAUCUCGGUCAUUGGGUUUGCGAGCGGUUUUGGCGGCGGGCUACCGCCCCUCGAAAUCCUCUCUCGCAGCCUAACGGUGACGGGAUCAGCGAUUGGUCCCAGGCUGGAUUUCGAGGCAAUGCUUGCGGCGAUGGCGAGGCAUGAGGUUCGGCCUAUUAUUGAUCGGGUGUAUCCUUUCUCGGAAUACGGUGAGGCUUAUCAGAGGCUGGAAUCUGGACAACAGGUUGGCAAGGUUGUCAUCCAAGUCACGGAUUAA